CCCCCUGGCCUCCCGACCGAGCCCACGGAUGGUCGCCGCGGGAGGCGCACACACGGUGCUGCUCAGGAGCGACGGCACGGCCGUGGCCUUCGGCGAGAAUCACGCCGGCCAGUGCAGCGUGCCAGCGCUGGACGGUGGCCUUAGCUACACGCAGGUCGCCGCGGGCGCGGCCCACACGGUGCUGCUCAGGAGCGACGGCACUGCCGUGGCCUUCGGCUCGAAUCUUGAGGGCCAGUGCAGCGUGCCGGCGCUGGACAGUGGCUUGAGCUAUACGCAGGUCGCCGCGGGCUGGGCCCACACGGUGCUGGUCAGGAGCGACGGCACGGCCGUGGCCUUCGGCGAGAAUCGCGAGGGCCAGUGCAGCGUGCCGGCGCUGGACGGUGGCUUGAGCUACACGCAGGUCGCCGCGGGAAACGUCCACACGGUGCUGCUCAGGAGCGACGGCAUGGCCGUGGCCUUCGGCCUGAAUCACAAUGGCCGGUGCAAUGUGCCGGCGCUGGACGGUGGCCUGAGCUACACGCAGUGCAACGUGCCGGCGCUGGACGGGGGCUUGAGCUACACGCCAGUGUCGCCGCCGGAUUGGGGGCCCCACGCGGUGCUGGUCGAGGAGGUCGCCGCGGGAGGCUCCCACACGGUGCUGCUCAGGAGCGACGGCGCGGCCGUGGCCUUCAGCGAGAAUUACGCUGAUGGCCAGUGCAAUGUGCCGGCGCUGGACGGUGGCCUGAGCUACACGCAGGUCGCCGCGGGAGGCUCCCACACGGUGCUGCUCAGGAGCGACGGCGCGGCCGUGGCCUUCAGCGAGAAUUACGCUGGCCAGUGCAACGUGCCAGCGCUGGACGGGGCGCCGACGUACACCGCGCGCCUGCUCGUCGGCGCGACGCUGCUCCUGCAGGCGUCGCUCGACGGCGGCGCGGUGCGCUUCCUGACCCUGGGCGGGGUGGAGCGCUGCCGGGUGCGGGCGGCGCCUGGCGCGCCGCUCGCUGGCGUGCGCGACUGGCUGGCGGGCGAGCUGGGCGCGGGCAGGCUGGGCCCCGGGCUCGGCCGCGCCGACGCGGCCCUGCCAGGCGGACGGCUCCUGAGCGGGGCCUCGGCGGGCGAGACCGUCGCAGACGCCUUCGGGAGCGACGGCACGGCCGUGGCCUUCGGCGAGAAUGACCGCGGCCAGUGCGCCGUGCCGGCGCUGGACGGUGGCCUGAGCUACACGCAGGUCGCCGCCGGACAGUUCCACACGGUGCUGCUCAGGAGCGACGGCACGGCCGUGGCCUUCGGCUCGAAUCGUCGCGGCCAGUGCGCCGUGCCGGCGCUGGACGGUGGCCUGAGCUACACGCAGGUCGCCGCCGGAGGCGCCCAUACGGUGCUGCUCAGGAGCGACGGCACGGCCGUGGCCUUCAGCUCGAAUGCCUGCGGCCAGUGCACCGUGCCGGCGCUGGACGGUGGCCUGAGCUACACGCAGGUCGCCACCGGAGGACGCCAUACGGUGCUGCUCAGGAGCGACGGCACGGCCGUGGCCUUCGGCUGGAAUGGUCGCGGCCAGUGCGCCGUGCCGGCGCUGGACGGUGGCCUGAGCUACACGCAGGUCGCCGCCGGAGAUGCCCACACGGUGCUGCUCAGGAGCGACGGCACGGCCGUGGCCUUCGGCUCGAAUGGUUGUGGCCAGUGCGCCGUGCCGGCGCUGGACGGUGGCCUGAGCUACACGCAGGUCGCCGCCGGAGGAGGCCACACGGUGCUGCUCAGGAGCGACGGCACGGCCGUGGCCUUCGGCUCGAAUCCCUACGGCGAGUGCGCCGUGCCGGCGCUGGACGGUGGCCUGAGCUACACGCAGGUCGCCGCGGGAGAUGCCCACACGGCGCUGCUCAGGGCGCUGGACGGGGCGCUGACGUACACCGCGCGCUUCGGCGCGGCGCUGCUCCUGCAGGCGUCGCUCGACGGCGGCGCGGUGCGCUUCCUGACCCUGGGCGGGGUGGAGCUGGCUGCCACCAGGGGGCGGGCGGCCCCGGAGGCGCCGCUCCUGUGGAGCGACGGCACGGCCGUGGCCUUCGGCUGGAAUUUCGAGGGCCAGUGCGCCGUGCCGGCGUUGGACGGUGGCCUGAGCUACACGCAGGUCGACGCGGGACAAAACCACACGGUGCUGCUCAGGAGCGACGGCACGGCCGUGGCCUUCGGCUCGAAUCACGCUGGCCAGUGCAGCGUGCCGGCGCUGGAGCUGAGCCUCGUGGACGUCGUCUUCGCUUCGUCGCUCGAGCGGAUCGCGGCCUCGAUCCUGUACUACAAGGGCCUCCGCGUCAAGGGUGGCAAGUGGCCGCAGAUCAACGCAUGGUUCGACGCCAUGGAGGCCCGGGACAGCUACAGGGCCACGCAGUCUGACUUCCACACGCACUGCCACGACCUUCCCCCGCAGGGGGGCGGCGAGAGCCGUGCGUCGCGCAUCGCGUGGCGCGGGCACGCGAAGUUGGAGGUCCCCGCCUGCCGCUCCGGCUCGAGCCGGAGCGACGGCACGGCCGUGGCCUUCGGCUCGAAUGACCGCGGCCAGUGCGCCGUGCCGUCGCUGGACGGUGGCCUUAGCUACACGCAGGUCGUUGCGGGCUGGGCCCACACGGUGCUGCUCAGGAGCGACGGCUCGGCCGUGGCCUUCGGCUCGAAUCAGGGCCAGUGCAGCGUGCCGGCGCUGGACAGUGGCUUGAGCUACACGCAGGUCGCCGCGGGCUGGGCCCACACGGUGCUGGUCAGGAGCGACGGCACGGCCGUGGCCUUCGGCUCGAAUCGCGAGGGCCAGUGCAGCGUGCCGGCGCUGGACGGUGGCCUGAGCUACACGCAGGUCGCCGCGGGAAGGGCCCACACGGUGCUGCUCAGGAGCGACGGCACGGCCGUGGCCUUCGGCUCGAAUCACGAUGGCCGGUGCAAUGUGCCGUCGCUGGACGGUGGCCUGAGCUACACGCAGGUCGCCGCGGGACUCGCCCACACGGUGCUGCUCAGGAGCGACGGCACGGCCGUGGCCUUCGGCUCGAAUCGCGAGGGCCGGUGCAAUGUGCCGGCGCUGGACGGUGGCCUGAGCUAUACGCAGGUCGCCGCGGGAGUCACCCACACGGUGCUGCUCAGGAGCGACGGCACGGCCGUGGCCUUCGGCUCGAAUCGCGAGGGCCAGUGCAGCGUGCCGGCGCUGGACGGUGGCCUGAGCUACGCGCAGGUCGCCGCGGGAAACAUCCACACGGUGCUGCUCAGGAGCGACGGCACGGCCGUGGCCUUCAGCGAGAAUUCCGCUGGCCAGUGCAACGUGCCAGCGCUGGACGGGGCGCUGACGUACACCGCGCGCCUUCUUGUUGGCGCGACGCUGCUCCUGCAGGCGUCGCUCGACGGCGGCGCGGUGCGCUUCCUGACCCUGGGCGGGGUGGAGCGCUGCCGGGUGCGGGCGGCGCCUGGCGCGCCGCUCGCUGGCGUGCGCGACUGGCUGGCGGGCGAGCUGGGCGCGGGCAGGCUGGGCCCCGGGCUCGGCCGCGCCGACGCGGCCCUGCCAGGCGGACGGCUCCUGAGCGGGGCCUCGGCGGGCGAGACCGUCGCGGACGCCUUCGGGUUGUAG